AUGACGGACGUACCCGAAACGACGCGAAAAAUUCACCGGCAACUCCGCAAGCGGAACGACACCUGGCCCAUUUCACUUCCGGUUGGUCAUCGAGGGAUCUCUAAGUCGUUCGGCAGCGAGCCUGAGCUUAAACUUGCCUCGGAUUCUGGCGACCUUCCGAAACUGGAGAACGGCGGUGGACGUCUUUUCAUCAACCAGGAGAAGGACCCUCGGGAGAACAUGCGUUCGGGGGGCGAUUCAAAGGUGUCGAAUCACGCGUGCCCGAAGUGCACGGCCGAGACGCUGCUCCUGAAGAUCGAUCCCUUCAGGGUUCAGCCGCAGGGACCGGAAACGUCGAAGCGAAACUGCCCGGAGAGCGGAACCUUCACGGAACGUCGCGUCCGGUCCCAAUCGACUCAGCUCGAGUCGCGUUCGGCGAUCGCCAAGUCCGGAUUGGCCCAGCGGUCAAAAAGCUUCGGGGGCAACUUGCAGCGAUGCAACAACGCUACGGUCGAAGGGGAGAACGGAUCCCUCGGGCGUCACGUCCUGGAUCAGCGCAAGGAAGCCACCCUCAGGAGGCACUAUUACCCGGAGGGUGGCUGGGGGUACGUGAUCGUCACUUGUUCAGCUCUGGUCCAUUUCCUUGGCGUUGGACUUCAGCUUGCAGCCCCUGGCGCCUGGCACGUCACCGCCGAAGUCAAGUUCCACCACCCCGCGCUCCAUUCCGCAGCAUCGUCUAGACGCCUCGAACGAAACUUGGCUCAUCAUUUUUUUCACCCGAUGAAAAGCGUAGAGAAGAUUGAAAAAACGUCAGAGGCGGGAGAAAGUGAUCGAGUUAAUUACCGAAGAAACUUACCCAACAACAAAAGCUCGAAAAUUGAACGUUAUUUGCUCGGGUAA